UAUUUGUGAGGUUAAGGUUUGUUGACGGGUCAUUUGAACUACUACGGUUAGAAUGUUUAUUUUGCGUUAAAAAUGUUGUUUUAAUAUGUUUUAAAGUGUUUUUAGUGCUGUGUUAGUAUUAUUGUAUGACGAAAACAAUUUAAUAUAAGUAACAAACAUAAAAAAUCAAAAAACAUUAAUUUGGAGGUUAUAUUUUGUUUUCUUUAUAUUUUGGCUUAAAAACAGUGAAAAUGAAGCUGUAUUGCUUAAGUAAUGACCCUAAUAAACCAUGUCAUAUUUUAACUUUUCGAGAGAUAACAAUGAUGUUGGAUUGUGGCCUUUCUAUGCAGUCGGUGUUGAAUUUUUUGCCAUUACCAUUUGUACCAUCGCAGAAACUGCAAAAUUUACCGACUUGGAUGCCUAUUGACGUUACAGAUCCCGAAUUAGACGGGGAGUUAAAAGAGAAUGGGGAGCGGGUUUUCGUCGACUCCCCUCCCGAGUUUUGUCCUCCUCUGGAUAAAUUAAUCGAUUUCGCGCAAGUGGACGUCAUUUUAAUCUCGAAUUACUUGUGCAUGAUGGCAUUGCCGUUUAUUACAGAAGGUACCGGUUUUCAAGGUAGAGUGUAUGCAACCGAGCCUACACUGCAAAUUGGUCGCUUAUUACUGGAAGAGUUGGUGAUAUACAUUGAACAAUGCCCAAAAGCGAGUUUUGCCUCACAAUGGAAGAAUUUUCUGCAUAAGUUGCCAUACCCUUUGAGCGACUCGUUUAAACCUAAAUCUUGGAAGCAAAUUUUUAAUAUGCAGAGCGUCAAUUCGAGUUUGAGUAGGAUACAGAUGGUGGGGUACAACGAAAAAAUCGACGUAUACGGGGCUCUACAAGUGGUCCCAGCGUCUUCAGGGUACUGUCUAGGGUCAGCAAAUUGGGUUAUAACUUCGGACCACGAAAAAAUCGUGUACUUGAGCGGCUCUAGCACGCUGACAACUCAUCCCAGGCCCAUGGACCACAAUUCCAUAAAAAAUGCCGAUGUUUUGAUAAUGACGGAUCUAACACAGACUCCCAUAAGCAACCCAGAUUCGAUGCUAGGGGUUUUGUGCGUCGUAGUCGGUAUGACCCUGCGCGGUGGGGGUAACGUUUUGAUACCGUGCUACCCCACCGGGGUCGUUUAUGAUUUAUUCGAGUGUUUAUCGGUGAAAAUGCAAGAGUUGGGGGUGUCGAAUUGCCCCAUGUUUUUCGUAUCGCCGGUUGCCGAUAUGUCGCUAGCGUAUUCGAACAUUUUGGCGGAAUGGUUGUCAUCAGCGAAACAAAACAAAGUUUACGUGCCGGACGAGUUGUUUCCGCACGCCAUGCUGGUCAAGAAUUCCAAGUUGAAGCAUUUCAAGCACAUUUAUUCCGACGGGUUCAGUACCGACUUCCAAGAGCCCUGCGUGGUGUUUUGCGGCCACCCCUGCUUACGCUACGGCGACAUAGUGCACUUCAUAGAACUUUGGGGCAACAACCCGCGAAACUGCAUAGUUUUUACAGAACCAGAUUUCGACUAUAUAGACGCUUUAGCGCCAUACCAACCCCUACAAAUGAAAGUGGCGCAUUGCGCCAUAGAUACCUCGUUGAAUUUCACCCAGGCCAACAAACUGAUUAGGGAUUUAAAACCCGCCACGUUGGUAGUACCAGAAUGUUACACCCAGCCACCUGUGUCGGCGCCUCACUUGACAGAGUACACAAUAGAAGCGGGAGGGGAUAGAACUUUGAUACCCUACAAAUGGGGAGAGGUAAUCAAUCUACCAUUGAAAAGAAAACAGGGGCAAGUGUUCAUAGAAACAGCGGUGGCCCAAAAGAUCGUCCCGGUGGAAAUCAAAUCCGGGGUCAGCCUGUCAACCAUAACCGGGACUUUACAGGUUAAAGACAACGUUUACAACAUACAGGAUUCCAACGAUAAGCUAAAAAAAUACGUGAAAUACGAAUGGGGUACGUUGAAUGUAAACGAGUUCAUACAAAAAUUAUCCCAUGAAGGUAUCAAUGACGCUAAAGUUGAAACCCAUGGGAGUGUUGUUGUGGUACACCUGCAAGAUGAGGACGCCCUUAUACAAUUGGAGGACAAUAGUACUCAUGUCGUCUGCAGUGGGGAUGAAAAGGUUAGGACCAAGUUAAGAAAUGCUGUGAUGCAGUGUUUGAAAAAAUUUUAGUGUAAAAAUAAAAAGCG